AUGAAUAUACUUAAUGAGAAGGAACAGACAAAUGAGACGUAUAAAGAAGCCAACUCUUUUUUUAGUUAUUUCAUAUCCCUUUUUAAGAACACCUCAGAUGAAGGGAAAAAUCAGGGUAUGGAAGAGUCUUCAGAAGGGGGAGAAGCCAAGGGGAAAGGAGGGAAGAACCAAAUGAAGAAGGAAGAUAUAGAAGAAAUGAAAAAUAAAAUAGUUUUUUUAGGUAAAAAUAUACUGCUAAAAUUGAAGGAGGAAAAAAUGAAAGAAGAAGGGAAGUCUAGAGGAUAUGGAUUAACUGAUCAUGGAGAAGUGCUUACGAGUAUGCCUUACGUAGAAGAAGAUUUUCCUACACAGGAUGUAGAUCACACAUGGGAGAAAAAUCGUAAAGAAUAUACCAACAAUAUACACGACGGUGUAAAUUCCCAGUUUUACCAAAAUCAAACCUUGAGGGGGGAAUUCCCCACUGAAGAAAAUAAAGAAGGGGAAAUAUUUGACUCUACAAAAGAGGGGAACCAAAUGGGGAACCUUAAAACGGCCAAUUGGGCGGGGGCCACUGCUGGCCAUGGUGAUCCCCAUAAGGGGGCGAACUCAUUUGUGCACAGCGAUCGAUGCGAUGCUGGGGAGAACUCCUAUCCGAGGGACGUGGAACCCCAACAGGUGAACGCUGCACAGGCGGUAGGAGCCACCACAGACAAUGUCCUCUUCGUCCCCUUCUACUUUAACAAAAACGCAAAGGAUAACAUUCUAACCAGCGUGCUAGUGCAGUUCCAAAACGAAAAUGAUGUCAUCGUGUAUAAGAGGAAGGCACAUGGGGGGAAUCAAGACCAAGCAGGCGAACAACUCUCCGUGGAGAAACUCAGAAAAAAAAGCAUCACAAAUGGCCCAAAUGGCCAAAGCAGCCCCAAUAGCCUGAACAACGUAAGAAACACAAUCGAAUGGAUAGGAGACGAAUACAACUGCAACAACUAUUUUGAGGUUUACGAAAAUUACGCAGAAGACGAUGUAGACAUAUUGAAGUAUGAGAAGAACAAAAACGGGAAGAGGUUCCACAUCAGGGAGGGUAGAAGUGACAGAGGAGGUAGAAGCGACAGGGGAAGCAGAAGCGACAGGGACGGGGGGGGGGGGGACAAAACGAAUGCCGUUGAUGAUGUGCAUGAAGAGGGGAGAGAGGUGGAAGACGAAGAAAAGGAUGAACGAGAAGAAGACAUACAUGAGGAAGAAGGAGAACAACAAGAAGCAGUAGAAACAGAUGAAGAGGUAGAACACCAAGACUUCUUUGAGGAAGAUUUACAAAACGAUAAACACGAUGAGAAGGAGGAGGAACACGAAAAAAUGUUUGAACAAAAAAAGGUUAACAUCGUUUUGAGUGACUACAAUGUAGAUAUUAAAGAUGUUGAAAUUAAUCCAGAGGCUAAGGUCAAUGGGGGUGCAGAAAAUAAAAGCCGCUUUCUAAAUAUGGGCUUACUAAUACUGAUAAGGAAAAAUGAAAACGGGAAAGAGGACAGAUGGGCGAGUCUGAACAGGCGGGGGGAUCCAGUAGGGAGGGAAAUAUAUGGGGGUGCCGAAAUGGAGUCAAGCGGCCCCUCUGUGGACACUGAAAAUGUUGCCACGGGUACCCCAUAUGGGGGUAGCACACCAACAGAGCAGAUGAAGCAGUCGCACAACUAUCUAAAUGCGCAGAGGUACAUAAACAGCGCCGAUUUGAAGCAGACGCUUUGCAGAGGAGGAGAGCCUCAAAGGGGGGGGGCACCUGUGGAGGGGUACGAAGAAAUAUACGUGAAACGCAAAGAAGAGGGAGAAGGGGGAAAAGGCCUGGAGGGGGAUGCACCAAAACCGGACAAGUACAUCCUCACAGGGUUCAUACAAUUCAACCUCGAUUUGCUGAAAAAUUUCAAAGUGAACAGUGAGGAUAAGGAUGGAGGGGGAAGCAACCCCCUGCAUGUUGGCAACCCCUACCUGAAUUUCUCCCUUGUGGAAAAUUACAUCGAGUCAUUAUUCAGACACAUCGACCUGAAUGACUACUUCACAAACAAGCUACUAAAACUACUGUACGAAAUUUUACUGGAAAAUAAAAACUCCGUGGUGUAUAAUUUGUAUUACUACACAAUUAUGAAGAAGGACAACAUGAAUAAGAUUAUAAAAAUAUUGUCGAAAAAUGUACAAAAUAAUUUAAACCGAGCAAAUAUUACGCUCAUUCUGAGGAUCCUCUACAUCCUGUCCUUCCAGCAAGCCUUCUACAGAAAUGGAUUAAACAACCUAAAGAAAAACAAAAACUACACGCUUUUGUAUGGAAAUGUGGCCAAAUAUAUAGAAGACAUAAAGGCAGGAAGCUUUAUCAAGGAGUUGCAAAAGUGGGAUAAACUAAUCGAAUGCUUAAAAACGUUAACUCUCUUUUUCGAAAGUAAGUACACAAAUCAGAACUCGCUUUACAUACCUGAUGAGAAGAAGGAGCAGUUUCUCUUGGAUAAUAAAAUUUUAAAAAAAAAAUUAAAUAACAUUUAUAAUAGGCAUUUUAUUUGCGAAUAUAAAGAUCUGAUUAUCAUUCGGAAAACGAACAUUUUGUUGAAGGCGUUGGGAGUGAACAUGUUCGACCUGUACAAUGAUAUCGUUUUUUCGGACAGGGAAAAGAAGCCCCAUGAUUAUUUGAUGAAGGAGGGAGAGCAGCGGAGGGGACUUUUCCACCAUGUGGGGAAUGCCCUUUGGGGAUAUUUUGCCAAAGCGAGGAGAAAGUUAAGGAUCUUAUGUCUAGACGGAGGAGGAAUCCGAGGGUUACUCUCCAUAGAAAUAUUAAAAUGCAUAAAUAGCCAUUUGCAGAAAAAUAUAUUUGAAUACUUCGACAUCAUCUGUGGAACCAGUACAGGGGCCAUCAUAUCCAUUUUGAUCGGCCUGGAAAGGGCCCACUUAAAUGAAGUCGAAUUUUUGUACAAUCUGUUAAUUAACAAAAUUUUUCAGAAGGACAUGUAUGCAGUGAGGAAUACAAGAUAUUUGUUUAAGCAUUCUUACUAUGAUGCCAACAUAUUGAGCAAUAUCUUAAACUCCUUUUUUAAAAACAUGAAAAUGUUUCACUACAAUGCCGACUUUUUCACUCCCUACGUCUUUACCGUGUCAACUCAGAUGAAUGUCACUCCUCUACAACCAGUCAUCUUGAAAAACUACACUGCCAACUUGGGGAAAAUUAAAGGUGGUAAAGAGGCAGACGUGUCUGAUGCUUAUACGUCAACUAAUUAUGAUCAUGUCGGGGACAGGGAAGAGCAGAAUGGAGAGGAAGGCGAAAGGUGGACUCACUUGCACAGCAACCAGGUAUGGGACGACCAGCAAAGCGAUGCGAAAGACGCGACGGAUGGGAACGACGCGAUGGAUGCGAAUGGUGCUAUGGAUGCGAAUGCCGCUAUGGAUGCGAAUGACGCGAACGGAGCGAAUGACGCGAACGGAGCGAACCGCGUGAACAUUUCGGAGAAGACCAACCCCCACAUGAGUGACAUCUACGUUAACCAAAAUAUAAACAGCGUCAGUAUUUACAAAAGCUUUUACAACAUUUUUGUGAAGUACGUACUGAGGUGCACCACUGCCGCGCCAGGUUUUUUUAAUUUUUUCUCCUUCGACAGCAACAUAUAUGCCGACGGAGCGAUCUGCUUUAAUAACCCCACCCUGGUAAGCCUCAACGAAAUGAAAUUAAUUUUUUACAACUAUCUUAACAGUCGGAAAAACACCUUACUGGACAGAGUAAACUGUUUUUUCUCCAAAAAAAAACAAUUGGUGGAGACAAAAAAUAAGGCAAUCAAUCUUAAUGACUACAUUGACUGCAUCGUAAGUGUGGGCACUGGGAAAUUUAAACCAAAAAAUAUAAACGAACUGAGCGAAAAUAAAACGUAUGACACUUUCCUUCGGUGGGAUGUUUUGUUAAAACAAAUUGUGUACUCAAUUACCAAUACGGAGUUGACACAUGAUAUAUGCAACAACGUACUCGAUAGAAAUAAAUAUUUUCGAUUCAACUGCUUCAUUAAUAAUAUCAAGUUGGAUGAAACGUCUCCAGAAAUUAUUAACAAGUUGAAGCAAAUCGGGAAGCGGUACUUCGAAGACCAUUCUUACAACCAGAAGAAGCUCAUCCAAUUGGUUGGCAUUCUGGAGGACAGCCGAGAUGUCAAGGAGUACCAACAGAGGCAAAGGAAAAUAUGGGGAGACUCCUUUCUUGAUAGGGUGAAGUCCAAAAUUUCUGGCUUCCUUUUCCCCAAUUGGAGGGCCAUUGGCCAGGGUAGCGCACAGGUUGGAAGCUCAAACCAGGUUGGGGGCACCGCUCAGGUUGGAGGCACCGAUCAGGUUGGAAGUACCGAUCAGGUUGGAAGCACCGACAAGGAUGGAAGUACCGACAAGGAUGGAAGCACCAACCAUGUUGGAAGAACCGACCAAAGGGGGGGACAAUUUCCCGCUUCAUCUCACCCAGUCAACGCAGAGAAGACAGGCGCACAGGCCAAUACGGAGCCAAAUACACAGUCACACACAAGAAACUCCGCCCCGUAUCGAAACUUCAAUUUCGGCCUCGUGGACGAAGACGAAAAGUUUGACCUAAACAAUAUCGAAGAAAUUCUAGACAUCAUAAACAAAAGUAACAACUCGGGUAGCAGCACAAGCACAAGCACCUCAAACGGAUUCUUUCACUACUUCACCAAUCUCUUCUACAACAACGAUAAAUUUCUUAAGAAACUAGAGAGUAUGCACAAAAAUAAUUUCUUUAGUAGACCCAAGAGAGAAAAAAAUAACUACGUUAAUGUCGUACCCCUUACAGGAAUUCGAGUGUUACUAAAUGAAAUAUAUUUCAUCCUUUUGAAAAAAAAUUUAUAUUUUCACACCGAUGAGUGCUUCUCUAAUGUUGAAGAAGUGAGUAAAAAAAGUUACGACAUCAACAUUGAUAAAAUGAUUCCAUACAAUGUGGCUACCUCCCAAGGGGAAAAGGGAAUCACCGAUCACUCCAACUCCCCUGGGGGAAAGACCCAAGGUCCGUAUGGAAGUGGUCAGACAGAUGCUUCCCCCACUAAUGAGGAAUCUUCAAGAAAUGAAACCCAUACAGAUACCCAUUCGAACGAUACACAGAGAAAAAGGAGUGUCAACCUUUUUAAGGACUCUCCAUCUGAUGAAGACCUAGACGAAGAUAAUCAUCCAUAUAACCCUAAAGGGCCAUCCACUGGUCCACAUUCAAAAAGAAUUCAUAACUUUCACAAUUCAGCAUUCAACGAGAAACACACAAGUUACGAACAAGGAGGAAGUUACUACCACUCUGAAGGCACACAAAAAGACGAUCCUCUACGUGAGACACUUGUACGGGACGAAAAAAUAAACACAUCCGAUCUGGUGGACAAUUCAGCGAUAAAUAAAAAAAGACUUCUCAAAAGGGAUGUAAAUAUGAACCACAUAAACUACAAAUUUUUUAAAUCCAUGAGCACGGAAUCGGCGGACGGGAAGAAGCAGAAUAUAAUAGAGUUGUUGCGAAAUAUAUUUUUUAAACGGGAAGCGUAA